UUGAAUACUUUAACACAUUCGUUACAAAAUACAAUAUUUUAAAAAUUUCUUAUUUAAAUUAUUCUAGUGUUACUAUUGUAUUUGGUUGGAGUAUGAAGUUUCGAGGCAAAAUUGUCGAUCCUCAUUGUAUGAGACAAUUUUAUAAUAUUGUUAUGAUAUUGUCUAAACUUUGUAAAAUUGUUGUUGUAAGGUUAAGUGAAAAAAAAUUGUUUUUAAUUGCAUUACAUGAAUCAGUAAGUGUCAGCAAUCAAAUAAGUGUUUGGUCUGUUUUAGAUCAACAAUCAUUCUUUAAAGAAUACAGUAUGAGUGGUGAUACAGAAAAAAAUGAAAUAUUUUUCAGUUUACCUAUUGAUAUGUUAGCAUCAUCUUUAAGUUCAGCUAAACAAACAAAUUCAGUAAAAACACUUAAAAUGAAACUAACAGAUAAGCUUUCUCCUUGUUUAACGGUCGAGUUAGAAUUGGAAUCUUUAGUAUCAACUAAGCAGCUUUGUGUCCAUGAUGUUCCAGUUAAUAUUAUAGCUCCAUCAGAUUGGUCUGAAUAUAGUGAACCUGCUAUUCCAAGUCCUAAUAUUAGUGUUGUAUUGCCUUUGAUACGAGUUGUAAGACACGUUGUAGAUAAUAUGAAACGUAUUGGACCAAGAUUAACAGUGACAUUAAAUUCUUUUGGUAAAAUGAUUUUAAGUGUAUCAAAUUUACUAUCUACCGUUGAUACACAUUUUAGUGACCUUGAUGUAGUUAAUCAUAGAAAACAAAAUAAUGAAAGAAAAUAUUCAACUGUUGUAGAUAUCAAAAAAUUUUCUCAAUUCUUAAAUUGUGAACCUUUAAAUUUAUCAAGAAUACUUUGCCAUGUAGUAGAAGGAACAUUAUUACAUUGUUCAAUAGAAGAAGACGAGUAUGUGCUUCAUUAUUUUUUAAAUGGAAUUGACGACUGACAUUUUACAUUGACAUUAUCUAUUAUUGUUAUUCAUAAAAAAUUUUCAUUUUGUUUAAUUUUUUGUAAAAAAUGUUUUCUAACAAUGAAUUUGUGUAAAUAUUCAAAUAAUUAUGAAUCAAUAAAAAAACUAUAUUACAUAGACUGGCU